AUGCCUUUCAAGUUCACCGUGUAUAAAGGUUCCAAAGAUGGAAUCAAGCAGGCUGAGAGUGAGCGAGGAGACCUCAAGUCCGACGAUGUACUCGUUCGCAUUACCCACUCUGGCGUUUGUGGGACCGAUGUCCAUUACCAGGGCGCCGACAUGGCGCUCGGUCAUGAAGGGACCGGGGUAGUAGAGGCGACUGGUCCCGACGCUCACCUUUUGAAAAAGGGCGACCGUGUGGGCUGGGGUUAUGAACAUGACUGCUGUGGCCACUGCAGGCAAUGCCUCACUGGCUGGGAAACGCUGUGUGGUGAACGCAAGAUGUACGGCGACGCCGACCUUGACCAGGGAUCGUUCGGCACACAUGCGGUGUGGCGUGAAGCAUUUUUGUUCAAGGUUCCCGAUAAUAUGAGCAACGAAGACGCCGGCCCCUUGAUGUGUGGUGGAUCGACUGUUUUCAACGCUCUCCACGUCGCGCAAGUUCGUCCAACCGCUCGCGUCGGAAUUGUUGGCGUUGGAGGUCUGGGGCACUUGGCUAUCCAGUUUGCUGCCAAGAUGGGAUGUGAAGUCGUGGUGUUCUCAGGCACAGACAGUAAAAAGGAUGAAGCACGCAAACUAGGCGCCGCCGAAUUCUAUGCGACCAAGGGCGUGAAAGAUCUGAAGAUCUCUGCUCCUAUCGACAACCUCAUUGUGACCACCAGCAGCCAGCCCGAUUGGCAGCUCUACCUGAACGUCAUGGCCCCCAACGGCGUCAUCUCACCACUUUCCGUAGACGCCAACGACCUCAAAAUUCCGUACAUGCCAUUGCUUGUGAAUGGUCUUCGGGUGCAAGGAGGGAUCGUAUCCUCAAGACAGGUCCACCGGGAUAUGCUCGCAUUUGCUGCGUUCCACAGCAUUAAGCCCAUCAAGAUGACAUUUCCUUUGACAUUGGAUGGCGUGAAACAAAGUCUUAAGACUCUGGAGGAGGGCAAAAUGCGGUACCGGGGAGUUCUUGUGGCUUAA